AAAUCCAUCUCAACAAGAUUCCAGCUUUGAGAGCAUAAAUAAGGUACGGUACUCUGUCUCCGAUCCUGAUCCUAGGGUUUCCUUUUUCUUUACUUCUUUCUCCUACGUUACUCUCAACAUACACGAACACUUAGGGUUUGAAUUUUGUGUUUUUGGAAUUUUAAUCGGUAUAAAUUCGGUAUAUACGGAGUUAAUUGUUACUCAAUACAUUUCUCGAUCGACACGAACAAUUCUGCUACAGAUUUAGGGUUUGAAUUGCUUGAUUUUGGAUGUCUAGAUACACACGUAGUUAAUUGUUACUGAUUGUAGUUGAUCUGAUCAGAUUACACUCUGAAUUAUGAAAGAACAAACGGAUGAUGUGUCGUUGAGUGUUAAGGACUCUACUGUCACUGUUGAUUCUACUUCAACUGAUGUGAAAAUUGAUGAUGUGAUGGUAGAUGUUGUAAGUGCUGAUGUGAAAGAAGACUUAGAGAGAGAAACAGUGACUCGCGAUCUGGCUAUGGAAGAUGUUGCUGUGGUUAAAGAAGUUAGUGAUGAUCGGGUUGAAAGUAGAGUUGGUAAUUCGGAGAAAGUUGAGGUGGUGGUGAGUGAGGAGAGUGUGGAGGUAGUUAAAGAGGUUAUUGAGUCGGAUUGUGAUGAUAAGAAGUCUGGAAUUGGGUCGGUGGUUGGAGGUUCUAAAACGGUUUCUGAGCCGUUAAGUAAAGAGGUUGAAGCUGGUGGAGGUGAUGUUGAGGUGAGUGAAUCGGUUGUGGUAGUGGCUGGUGAAGAGAAAACUCAAAAAGAAACCGAGGUUUUGGGUUUGUUGAAGAAUCCAGCUGAAGAUGGUGUUAAUAAUCAAAGUUUAUUGACCGAGGUGGUCGAUGGAGGAACGGGUGAAGAUAAUGUCCAUGUAAGCAAUAUAAACAUGGAGAAUCAAGCCGGAGUUGAGUCAGUUGACCAAACAAACAAGGAGAGUUUUCAGUCAACAGUUGAAGCUACAACAAAUGGUAAUUCCAAAAUGGCUGUUGAGAUUCAAGAUUCCACGAAGAUUCUGGAGUCUGAAGAAUCUAAGAUGGAUGAUGAAAAAGCUGAAAAUUUGGACCAGAAAGCUGAAGUUGAUCAAAUGAGCAAAGAAGAUAGUACACAAUCAACAACAGAAGUAAGAACAGAUAAUGUUUUAAAAUCUGAGGAUUCUAAGAUGGAUGACGAACCUCAAGUUACUGAGGAAGAAGUUGCUGUAAAAGAUAAAACGGAGGAUCUAGAAAAAGGUUUGACCAAGGAGACUGUUGACCAACCUACGGGUUCGGUUCAAGAAAUGGCUGAUGGAGACCAUGUGAUGAAUGAAAAGACUGUAAAAGAUAGUGUUUUAACUUUAUCAAAGAUUUCACGUGCAGUUACUAUGGCUAGUCUUGGAUUAGAGGACGAUGAUGUGGUGAUUGUAGAUGAGGGUUCGGAUGGGAAACAUGAAACUCAAGAUAGUGUUUCUGUGGAACUGAGUUUGGUUUGUCCUGAUAAUCAAGGUUUAACGACUGCAGUAGGUAAUGCGAAAACAGGUGAAGUUGACCAGAAAGUUGAAGUUGGCUCAACAAGUAAAGAUGAGAAUACGUACGCAACCAAAGUAAUUGAUGAAGUGACAACUGUACAUAAAGAACUGGUUUCCCAUGUGCAAGUUUUAACUGAUGGUGGGAUUUCGGUCACAAAUCAGAGUAUGAAAGACAAUGAUGUGGCAGAUAGCUCUAAAGUUGUAGAAACAGACAUGGAACCUGUAAUUAUUGGUGGUGAUACAAAUAAUAUUCAAGAAAAUCAAGAUUCCACAGUAGGAGUUCCAAACACAGAGUUUUCAUAUGAAGAAGUUCACAUGGAUAGAGGAGAGGAUGCAGGGAUGGACAUUGAUGAGGUACUCGGUUGGAAAGAUGAAAUACCCUCCGUGCAAGAAGACGAGCAAAAGGCGGACCCCACUAAUCUCUCAAAUAUUGAAGAGCAAGUAACAGAAUCACUAAAGCAUAGUCGCGUUUCAUUGCAGCAAUCACAUUAUUUCCAUCCAGCUGAACGUGAAGGUGAGUUCUCGGUUUCAGAUUUGGUGUGGGGUAAAGUCAGGAGUCAUCCCUGGUGGCCGGGGCAAAUAUUUGACUCUUCUGAUGCAUCGGAAAAAGCAAUGAAGUAUCAUAAAAAAGAUUGCUUUUUGGUAGCAUAUUUUGGAGACCGGACUUUUGGUUGGAACGAUUCAACAGCCUUGAAGCCGUUUCGGGAAUAUUUUUCCCAAAUAGAAAGAGAGAUGAACUCAGAAGCUUUUAAUAAGGCAGUCCAUUGUGCUUUGGUAGAAGUGUCGAGACGGGUAGAAUUAGGACUCACGUGCUCCUGCAUUCCUCAUGACAUAUAUGAAAAUAUCAAAUGUAAGAUGGUAGAGAAUUCCGGAAUCAAGCAAGAAUCGAGUAGAAUACAAUGUUUAGACAAAUCUGCAAGUGUAAACUCGUUUGAGCCCGAUAAACUUGUGGACUAUGUGAGACUACUUGCAACGGUUCCAUAUGGUGAAAGUGAUAAAAUGGAACUCACAAUGGCUAAGGCUCAGUUAUCAUCGUAUGGUCGGUAUAAAGGGCAUCGGCAGUUGGCUGAGUUUCAGUUAUGUGGAGAUUUGUUGGAAGCUGAACAAGUGAUUAAAGAUGAAAUAUAUUCUGAAGAUGGUUCGAAAAACCGUAAGGCUCUUGAUUCCAUUCCUGACGGUUUAGAGAAACGACCAUUAAAGGGUGAACCGGCUGACAACUUAGCCGGAAACAGUGUUCCUGUUCAGAGCUCGGGGAAUCAAGCAGAUAUGCUAUCACAACUUCACUUGGCUGCACAGGAUCCAAUGAAAGGACACAGUUUCGUGAAUAACGUAAUCCCGUUUUUUAAAGGUCACAGAGCAGCUGUUGUAAGCAAGUCUAAGAAGAGAAAAGCAUCAAACGAAAAUGAAUUGGACGAGUUUGAAAUUGAUGACGUUAAUGAUUCCUAUUGGACGGACAGGAUCAUUCAGAACCAUCCCGAAGAGCAGGUACCGCAAGCGAAUAACAAUAUAACUGGAGGACAUCAAGUUGUAGUUUAUGAACAAGAAAAUCCACCUGUAAAACCGACCCGUAGAUCAAACAAAAAGCGUUUCUUUAAUAGUAAUCAUGAAAUAGAGGCGAAUGAACAAUCAGAGCUUAUAUUUAGAAGGAAGCAAAAUUUGGCAACAGAAGUUUUAAUGAAGUUUGCAGGUGGAAUUUACUUUCCUUCAGAAGUCCAUUUAAAUAAAAUGUUUAGACGGUUCGGGCCGUUAAUGGAAUCAGAAACUGAAGUUGAUAGGCAGAGUGGUCGGGCUCGAGUGGUGUUUAAAAAAUGUUCUGAUGCUGAAGUUGCUCAUAGUAGUGCUGGAAAAUUCAACAUCUUUGGUUCCAUUAGUGUAACUUAUGAGCUUAAUUACACACCAAUGAUCUCAUAUAAGCCAUUGCCCCUUCCCGUGGCACAAGAUCCACCACAUGCAUGCUGAUGAAUGCAAGAUACACAACGACGUGGUGCUUGUAAACCAGGGCUAUACGUACAUUAUGUACUGUUGUAUCCUAUGAAGAUUCAACCCGAGAUGAGAGUUAUCAUGUCUAUGGCUUAUUCUUCUCUUGUGAGCAGCUGUUACCUUAAAGGGAACUCUUUGAUUCUUGGAUUUGACCAUAACAAUAGUCAAUAGCUUGCAUCUUCUGGAGCUACAGUGAAAGGCAAGUAUUUGUAUGUGUACCAAUGUAACUUGUUUAUGUUUGAAAGCCUGCCUUCAAUAAGUUACCGAGGCGAAACUUUGUUAUUUGUUCUCGCUAGUUUGCUAAAUUGCGUGCAGUUCCUGUUCUGAUAGAUUGUAUUAUGCGCAAUAAUAGAUGUUUUUGUGUUGCCAUA